GACACGGUGGAGUUCAACAUGCUCCUCGGCUUGCGUCGGACUCACCCUCCUGAUGUCAUCGGCAAGUAUGCCCCUGGCUCUUUGAUCGGUGUCGUUGGCGGGGUUGCCGGCAUGCCGCGGCUGACCUGCAGCGAGAGCAGCAUGCUGAAGCAUUGA